GCCAAGAAACACAGCAAUAAAUAAAGGCGAACAAUGCCCCCCCCUCCCCUCCGCGCCUCCCUCCUCCCGCAGCCCAGCCCAGCCCAGCACCCAGCCGGGAACCGGCGCUCCGGCCGCCGGCGAGCGGGGCCGGCUGGGGGGCGAGUGAAUGGGGCUGGCGGGGGGAAACCGGGCGGAGGGGAGUGGACCCGAGAGCAUAAGAGAGGAAGGCAGGGCCGGCAGCGAGGAGCGGAGGCGGUGACAACCCCGGGGAGAGCCGGCAUGGCCGGGCGGGCCCCCCGCAAGCCCUCCGCUCACCGGGGCUGGGCUGUUUUUUGGGGGAGCCGCAUCUUCACCCUGGGGUUGUUGCUGUUGCCCGGGCAGGGGGAUGCUGCUGGACCACGAGGGCCACCACCCCAUGGAGAGAGGGUCAUCCCACACUGGCUCCUUGGCGGCCGUACCAGACGAGCUGUCAGCCUGAAUGAGAAGGUGCUGGCGCCUGCCCGGGCAAAGGUGGCAGUGAUGGCUGAGGGCAGGGAGCUUGUCCUGGUGCUGGAGAGGAACCAGCUGUUGGCACCGGGCUACACCGAGACGCAUUACAGCGAGAACGGGCAGCCCGUGACGGUGUCCCCCAACCACACGGACCACUGCUACUACCAUGGGCACGUUAAGGGCUAUGGUGGCUCCUGGGUUGUCCUCAGUGCCUGCUCAGGAAUACGGGGACUGAUAGUGCUGAACAGCAACAGCAGCUACUACGUGAAACCCCUGGGGAUCCCCGAGCCAGGCCACCACAUCAUCCACCGAGCAGAGCACCUGCCUGUCCAGAGCGGGACCUGCGGGCACGGGGACGGCUUUGGGAGCACCAUCGCUGACAUCACUCGGCUCUUCCAGCCAGUGCACCACCAGGCAAAGAGAGAUGCCUGGAGGACCAUGAAGUACAUGGAGCUCUUCAUCGUUGCUGAUCACACACUGUACAGAAACCAGAACCUCAACCUAGGCCACACCAAGCAGCGCAUUGUGGAGAUUGCAAACUACGUGGACAAGUUUUACAGGUCACUGAAUAUCAAGGUGGCCCUGAUUGGCCUGGAAGUGUGGACAGAGCGGGACCAGUGUGCUGUGACCAGCGACGCCAACGCCACGCUCUGGGCCUUCCUGCAGUGGAAGAAGGUGCUGAGGACACGCAAGAAGCAUGACAAUGCCCAGCUGCUGACGGGGAAGACCUUCAGAGGGACAACCAUUGGCAUGGCCCCACUGGAGGGAAUGUGCAGCAUGGACAACUCCGGCGGUGUCAGCGUGGACCACUCAGAGCAGCCCAUUGGAGCCGCUGCCACCAUGGCCCACGAGAUCGGGCACAAUUUUGGCAUGAGCCAUGACAGCACAGGCUGCUGUGUGGAGGCCACCCCGGAGCAGGGAGGCUGCGUCAUGGCAGCGGCCACUGGACAUCCCUUCCCUCGCGUGUUCAGCUCCUGCAGCAGGAGGCAGCUGGAGAACUACUUCCAGAAAGGAGGUGGCAUGUGUCUGUUCAACCUGCCUGACACCAAGGACCUGGUGGUGGGACGGAAGUGUGGCAACGGCUUUCUAGAGGAAGGAGAGGACUGUGACUGCGGGGAGGUGGAGGAGUGCACCAACCCAUGUUGCAAUGCACACAACUGCACGCUGAAGGUGGGGGCCCAAUGUGCCCAUGGUGACUGCUGCCAGAGAUGCAAGCUAAAGGUGGCUGGGACAGUCUGCAGGGAAGCAGCAGGAUCCUGUGACCUUCCAGAGUACUGCACAGGUGCCUCACCCUACUGCCCAGCUAAUGUGUACCUGCUGGACGGCUCCUCCUGUGCCUACGGCGAGGCUUACUGCAACAACGGCAUGUGCAUGACCCACCACCAGCAGUGCGUGCAGCUCUGGGGGCCAGGUGCCUGGCCAGCCCCAGAUGCCUGCUUCCAGGAUGUGAACAUGGCUGGCAACACCUAUGGCAACUGUGGCAAAGACAGCCAGGGGCGCUACGUGAAGUGUGACAAGAGGGAUGCUAUGUGUGGCAAGAUCCAGUGCCAGAGCUCAGCUAAGAAGCCUCAAGGGACCAACACUGUCUCCAUCGACACCACCAUCCGCUUCAACGGGCGUGAGGUGAAGUGCCGAGGCACAUACAUGUACACGGCCAAGGACGAUGAGGAAGACCUCCCUGACCCUGGGCUGGUGAUGACAGGGACCAAGUGUGGAGAUGGGAUGGUUUGCAAGGACCGCCGCUGCCAGAACGCCUCCCUGUUUGAGCUGGAGAAGUGUGUUUCCCAGUGCAAUGGCCAUGGGGUCUGCAACAGCAACAAGAACUGCCACUGUGAUGCUGGCUGGGCUCCUCCCUACUGUGAGAAACCAGGCCUGGGUGGCAGCGUGGACAGUGGUCCCGUGCAGCAUGACAAUCAUGAAGCCACCUUAAUAACCCUUCUGGUCAUCUUCCUCUUCUUCCUCCCGGCCCUGAUGAUGCUGGUCUACUUUUGGUACCAGCGGGAGAACUCACUGCUGAAUAAAUGGAUAAAGGAGAUGAGGAGGAGGAGCCAGGAGACAUACAGGAACAAACCCAUCAGUCGAAAGUCUGCUGGUGCCUAUCCCAAAGCUGCUUUCACCUUGAGGAACAUUUCUACCCCUAGCCACACUAGUAAGGCGACUCAGGCUGCAUUCCCCCCCAAAUCCAACGCUCAUCAGCCUGGCUCCCAGCCUGUAAACGUGGUCCACCCUCUUCGCCCAGCUCCCCACUCCAUCCCUCCACGUCCAAGAGACUCCAGGCCUGCCAGGCCACCUCCACCAGUCAGCAAAUCUCCCCUGGUCCCUACCAAAACUGGCACCUCCCAGGCCAAGCUGCCGCCUCCGAAGAAACCUCUUCCCUGCAGCCCCGUGAGGUCCCCGCUGAUUGUCCCAAGGCAGCAGCCUCCCCGCCGCCCACUUCCCGGGAGUCCUCUUCUGGCCAAGGAGCUGCCUCCUGCACACGGACAGACCUUGCUGGUCAUGGUCCCUCCUACCAACUUCAAGGCAUCUAGUACAAGUGCCAUGAGCCACCCCACAAGGCCAUCAAAACCGAUGCCACCUCAAAGGCCAGUACCAGUCAUCAAAGUCCAAUCGACCUCCUUCCCCUUGAAGAAGUGACAAACCAAGGACACCUUAAGCCCAUCCUUCCUGAGCUGGCUCUCCUGAUUUGCACUGCUGCUGGCCGCAGGGGUCUUUUAUUCCUCUCUUGUUUUAUUUGUCUUUUGAUACCAGAGGACUAUUUUUAUAAGACAGAAGAUGUAUUCAGCACAGAAACUGUAGUGGUGGGGGGAGGAGAAGGGCAAUCGGUACCAUGACAUAGCUGAGCGCUGGAGUGGGCUGGUGCUGGGGUUACCACCAUGGAGACUCCACCACAGGUCCUGGCAUCAUUUCCUUGCCAAUUUAUCCCCCCAGCUCUAUUUUCCUCCUGACAUUGCACAUGGGCUGGGGUGACUUGGGGUCAGGAGAACAUCCAACACUGACAAUGGCAGCGACAGUCAUGUAAUAUCCUUCUAGCUACCUCCUCCUUCUCCUCCAGGCCUGGUGAGACCCCACCACCAGAGUUCAAUGCUGGCUCUUGUCUCUGGGGGAGACAUCUGCCAUGAGAGAUAAAUGGUUUCCAGUUUGGAUUGUGCCACACAGUGCUGGGACAUUUCCAUGAAGGAUCCAAGCUCUCAGGCUCCUCCUAGCCUCCUGCCUGAUUACACAAGACAAAGCAGUGACAAUCCUGGGGCCACACCUGGAAGGAGAAGUCUUUGGGAAAUGAUGUAAUGUCCAAAGUGCUGGUGGCAGCUGGUGCUUUCAAGGGGCUUGGGAGCCCUCCAUAAACAUUGCAUGUUCCCUGCAGAAGCUCUGUGAGCUGCUAACACUCUGCUGUCCAAAGAGGGAAGGAGCCACAAGCUGGGAUCAAGAGCAGGAAAACCUCCUGCCUGUGUCAUUGGCUUGUCUGUUGCCUUGGCCAAGCCAUUGCAUUUCUCUGUGCCUCAGUGCCCCCUUCAGUAAAAUGGAGGGGGGGGGGUCAUACCUACCUCACAGGGGUGUUGUGAGGUUUAACAAACUCAUGUCUUGAAAGGGCUUUACAAUCCUCAGAUGAAAGGUGCUGUUGACCUGCACAGCUCUGCACCGUGCCACUCUGCUGUGACUCGCGUGCGGCUCUGCCAGGUUCUGAACUCAAAACAAAGGCUUUGUACAGUCC